ACGUUGGGCAGAGACCGACUGAGUUGUUGUCUAUCCCCCAAACCGAGCUAGCUUACACUAUCAACAUGGAGUGGAACCCAAUGGAAAUCAACCCUGAGAUGCUCAACAAGGUGGGUAGACGCUGAGUCAUGCUGUGGUAACGGGUUAUGUGUUGUAGAUCUUAGCCGGAUGUUGAGCAAGUUAGGCGCGGGAGGAACCUGGCGUUUUUUUGACGUCUUGGGACUGGAGGGGGAGCCCUUAGCUACUGUCCCAAGCCCUUGCUGCGCCCUGAUGCUGCUCUUCCCUCUAACACCGAAGCAUGAGUCUUUCAGAGAGACGCAGGCAAACCAGCUGUCCGGGGAUUCAGAUGUCUACUUUCUGAAACAGACCGUGGUCAAUUCCUGUGGCACCGUCGCUCUCCUGCACACUGUCGCCAACAAUAAAGGAAAAGUGGAGUUUAACAGUGACUCUGCUUUGAAGAAGUUUCUCGAUGAGACCGCUGACAUGACGGCUGAGGACCGUGCCAAACAACUAGAGAAAAACCAGGCCAUCCGUGAGGCUCAUGAUGAAGCGGCAGCACAGGGCCAGUGCAGGCCCGCAGCUGAUAAAGUGAACUUCCACUUCAUAGCCUUUGUCAAUGUGAAUGGAAAGCUUCAUGAGCUUGAUGGACGAUUGGAUGGACCUGUAUCACAUGGAUCCACCAAGGAUACUUCGUUCUUAUCGGAUGCUGCAAGGGUGUGUCGUGGAUUCAUGGAAAGAGAGAAAGGUGAAGUUCGCUUCUCUGCAGUGGCACUUUGUCAGGCUUAAACUCAUCAGGGGAUUGCUGGGUGUCAUUUCAAAGUAACACUACAUUACACCAAGCACACAUGAGGAAUCAAAGAUUCACCUUGACGUUAGAAUGACUGGUACACACACACACACACACACACACACACACAUAUUUGAAAAUGCACUAUAGAUACAAAUGGCUCCACAAUGCUUGCAAAGCUCAACAAGAAAAUCCCUCAAAGCAGAAUGUUUUCUUGCACACAUUUAAACAAUUUCACGAAAGAAUGCUGCCUCUUGUCAACUGUUGCUUAGUAGCAAAAAGGCCUUUUUAUGCGACUAUUUUUUUUUUUAUCACUGAGUUUCUGUUUGUUAUUGUUGAGCCGUGAUUUUUCUAAGUCGAGACAUACUGAUGCACAAGUGCCUUCAGAGGCAACGCUAUGAAUACCAGUAAAUUAGAGGAAUGUCGAGAGAACUGUUACGGUUCUAAAAGUUGGAUUUAGUCUGUUUGGACAUUCGGAUGGAAGGGGAAAGGUCACUCGGUUGUCCAAAAACAAUUGGAUGUAGUCAGUGGUGUGAGUUAUGCACUGUAAUUUGAGAAAAACAAAGCUUGUAUUGAAAAUGUGUUUAAACAAAUACUGGUUAUGUCGAUGGAUGAACUGGUGGUUACCUUUUUUUUGUUAAUUUAUGAACCACAGUUGUGUUAGAUUGCACUUUAUUUUGGAUGUUAAGUUAUUAUACUAAUUGUGGUCAUGCCAGUAUGCUAUUGACAAUUGCCUUAUUGUGAAAUGUUAGAUUACAUUGAACCUAAACUGCCGAACAAGAAGGGGCCCGAACAACCGUUUCUUGGGAUGUAAUACUGUUAAUUUUUAGGUGAUGGCAUUUCUAGGCUGUGUUCAAAUACCUUUUUGCAGCCUCUCUGUUCUUGGUGUUGGCAAUGCAGUUGUGACUAUUCAAUAAAGCAGUUCAAAACAAGUAGUGAUAUUGAG